UCACGUGUCAGGCCUGGCGAAUUGCGCCGUUCAUUUCCGGUCUCCAGGCUGUGGCGAUCCAUCGACCCUUCCACGGGGAGCCUCAUCGGUCCAUCCACAUUGUUGGGAACCGUCGCCGUCAUCUCCAUCGAUCGAUCGUCACCAUCGCCCACGCCUGUCUGCCUGCACUGGCCACAUUGAAUCUCUAGGAGUCUCAACUAUCCCUAGUUCUGGUCCUAAGCGCUUCGUGCAGCUGGUGGUCCUGUCCCGUCCAGUCGACCUUAGCCUAGCAUUAGCGUAGCCCCCGAUUCCCGAUUCUACCUCAGGCUCGCGGUUCUUAUGCCCAAGCGCCGUCGUAUAUCACUGUAGAGGAGGUUACCGCUUUAGUCGUGUUGUUGUUAUUGAUUUUUGUUUUUCUCGUUUUUUUUUUCUUUUAUUUAUUUAUUGAUAUAUUACUAAUUAUCGAACAUGUAACCUCGUGCUGUGCUGCACUAGGCAAUGCUGAAUAGAGUUGCAGUGUCUGUAACUCAGGAUGCCGAUGUUGUUAUGGUUUGCCAUCCCCCAUUGCUGCUUUUCUGGCGGGUGGGCUUGAUCGUUUUACAGCUAGUCCAGCACUUCACGUCGUUGAGGCAACGUCGUCGAGGCAGCUUGCUUAAUGUGAGCAAGCUGGGGGUGUGAGAUCGUUCAGCUGCCGGGUUUGUGAAAGUUAUCAGCAGCUUUAGGUAUGAUGGAUCCAGAAGUAUGGAGUAAGCUCCCCCAGGAGAUGCUUCUGGACGUGCUAGCAAGACUCCCCUACAACCGUAUCACCAAGUUCCGCGAGGUGUGCAAGAAAUGGAAAGAGCUUCUCAAUGCGAAGCACUUUACAGACAGGAUAGUAUCGAUUCGAAAAUCUCAAACCCCUUUGUUGGUUGUAUGCGUCAAGAGGUAUCAUGCCAUCAUGGCUUAUGACCCAACAAUAAAGGAAUGGCAAGAAAUAUUUAUCUGGAAAAAACCCCCCAACUUCCAAAUUCACUGCUUGCGUGCUGCAGGUGGGGGCUUGCUUUGCUUCAAGGGCAAUCUCGGCGAAAGGAAGACCGUGGACGAGGGGGCGACGAGGCUUCUCGUUGUCAAUCCCAUCACUAAGUUAUGGCGCAUACUCCCCAGCCUGCCUUCUGGCAUCAGAGCCGCAGGGUGUGUGAACUUGGUCGUCCUGGAAAAUGAACCAAAUCGGUUCAAGAUUUUGUUCAUGCAAAUUCAUUGUAACUUGCAUCAGCGUCGCUUGGUGGGGACUCUAUAUGAUUCUGCAGCUGAUUUAUGGACAACAUAUUGCGAGGACACGACCUUGGAGUCCGUUUACCGGAGUGUGUAUGUAAACGGAACGAUGCACUAUAUUGGGUCCGAGCGGGUUCAUGAGUAUGGCGCCUUAGUUAGCCGAAGACAGGGCGUCUCGUUUGAUAUGUACAAGAAGGCGUUUUCCAGGUUUGAUGCACCAUUAACCAGCGAGGUCGGCGCCAAGAAAUUCAUGGAGCUUCAUGGCCGGCUUUCGCUAGUCACAUUCUCCACGGUGGCCACUUUCUCCCCCUCGGUGCAGCAGUUCGACGAACAGUCCGGGACCUGGGUGGAUGCACAGCUGCUGCCCCCAGGGAUUGGUCUCGGUGUGCAAGGUUACGUCCCGCUGGGCCAGGGUUCCUAUCUCUACUUCGCCGAUCCGCACCGACAGUCGGAAACCGUAGUGUGCUACGAUUUGUUGAAUAGACAGAGGUUCCUCAUUGAUGAGUCUUUUCCAGACUUGCGUUCUGAAGGUUUUAAACUGUAUCACCCUACUCUAUGUUCGGUAUAAUAAGAACGCACCUUCAGUGUUGCAGGCUUGUAGCAACUCCUGUUGCUGGACGGUAUUCGCGGUAUGUAGUAUCUUAGGUGAGAAACAUGAAAGCGUAGGUAUGAUUACGAUGUAAUGAAAUGGUUUAGAGGAAUGGGGGUUGUAUGGGGAAGAGUUGACUAUGGUGCCGGCCUGACUUCGUUGGAGGUACCCAGCCACCGAAGGUCAGCCAUGGAAUUGGAUUCUGGUCGCCUCCAUGCUGGUGAGCCAGAUGUGGACCUCCACACCCUUCUGCCCACCUUGAUGGCUUCCUCUUUGUACCUCAUUGGCUUUGCGAUGGCCUCCUGUUUCCUUCAUAUUGUCCUUCUGCAUCCAGCUUCCAUUGCAGAGCACCACCUUUUCUUUGCUGGCAGUUCUCUUACUCAUUUGUCCUAAAAAAGCCAAUGAGAAGUUACGCCAAAGUUGUACCCAAGAAAGUUAAAUAUUUUUAGUGAAUGAUUACAUCAAUUAAGUAAUUAGAUAGUCUCAACUAUAUUUUUUGGUAUAUCUGUUUUUCUUAGUAGCCCGAGAAAGAUAAGGAUAACAAGUUCAAAUGAGGACAAUAGAAUAUGCAUGUAGGGUAGAUAGAAAUAAAAAUUAGACUUUUUGUAAAUGUUAGUGGUUGAAAUGCAGUUCUAGUUUGAAUUAGGACCUUCAUAUGUCAA